CUCAAAUCUCUCGUCUCAGUCUCGCUCUCCCAAAAAAAAAAAAACUCACUCGCUCACUCAAUCACUGACACGCAAGCACCAAAAAAAAUCAUCAAAGAGAGCUAGCUCAGGUAGCACAGAGUUUCCGUGCACCCUAUAAUGGCGGAGGAAGGAUUUGUUGUUGUUGGUGGCUCGGAGGCGGAGGAGGUGGCCGACCCGAACCCGAAUUCGCAGCCGGAUCACCACAAGCGGAAGCUUGAGGAUCUGGAGCUCGGAGCUCCGGAGCACGGCCACAUCGCCGAUUUGAAUGCCGACCCCGAAGACGUUCCGGCAGACGGCGUCGACGACGACGAGGAUGAUGAGGACGAUGACGGUGCUGACGUGGCGGAGCCCGUGAAGCGGCAGCGACUUGAUGAGAAAUCUGACGGCUCAGCUAAUGAAAAUGGGUACCAACAAAAGGAAGAGAAUGGGGAUGAGCCUGUUGGUGAGAACAAUGAGGAACCUAAUGUGGAGGGUUUGCAGUCAGAGGAUGCCCAACCUCUUGCUGAGGAAGUUCCGGAAACAGUGGCCGAUGGUGAUGAAGCACCCUCUGUGGAAAAUCCUGAGACGGGUGAUGCCCAACAACCAUCUGUUGAGGAUUCUGUGACGGAAAACGCUCAAGAACCGUCUAAAGAGCAGAAUCAGGAACCAUUUACAGAGGGUGCUGAUACUACAUCACGCAAAAUGGAGGUGCCUAAUAAUAAGGUUGGAGUUCUUAUUGGAAAGGCUGGGGAUACUAUUCGUUAUUUGCAGUACAAUUCAGGGGCAAAAAUUCAAAUCACAAGGGAUGCUGAUGCUGAUCCACAAUCUGCAACAAGGCCUGUGGAAAUAAUAGGAACUUUGGAUAGUAUAACUAAGGCUGAGAAGCUUAUAAAUGCUGUCAUUGCAGAGGCUGAUGCGGGGGGUUCUCCUUCCCUUAUAGCCAGGGGCCUCACUACUGCACAGGCUGCUGCAGCAUCUGAACAAGUACAGAUACAAGUUCCAAACGAGAAGGUUGGCUUAAUAAUAGGCAGGGGUGGAGAGACUAUUAAAGGUCUGCAGACGAGAACAGGAGCACGCAUCCAGGUAUUGAUACCUCAACAUCUUCCAGAAGGAGAUGAAUCUAAAGAAAGAACUGUACGAGUGACUGGUGACAAGAAGCAAAUUGAAAUGGCUAGAGAGUUGAUAAAGGAAGUUAUGAGUCAGCCUGUGAGGCCAUCAUCUUUCUCGGGUGGUUUCAAUCAGCAGGCCUAUCGGCCUCGUGGAUCUACUGGACCACCUCAAUGGGGUCCACGGGGUCCUCAUCCUGCAGCAUAUGAUUACCAGCAUCGAGGACCAUAUCCAAGUCAUAACCCACAGUAUCCAUCUCCAGGAUAUGGGAGUUAUCAUCAACAAGCCCCUCCAAGGGGCAACUACAGUGGUGGUUGGGAACAAAGGCCUAGCAUGCAGGGUCCACCCUCACAUACUGGUGGUUAUGAUUACUAUGGCGGACAAGGAGGCCACAUGUCUGAUGCCCCAGCAUCUGCCCAACAUUCUGCUCCAAUUCCUUCACAUGGUCAUGGCCCUUCCCAUGCUGCUGCUAUGGGUCCACCAUCAUCCCAGGCAAAUUACAAUUAUGGACAACCACAGGGGCCAGAUUAUGGACAUACAGCUCCUUAUUCUCAGGCAGCACCUCACCAGCAGAGCUAUGGCCAUGGAUAUGAUGAACCAAAAUAUGAAAAUCAUGCUCCAACACAGCAUCCCUAUGGAGGACAUGGAAGUUCUCAGCCAGUGUACUCACAGACUCAACCAGGUUAUGCUGCACAGCAGUAUGGUAAGCCACAGCCAUACGGACAGGGACCACAUCCCCAAUCCUAUGCCCCUCCUAGAGCCACUCAACCAGGGGAAAUGCCUUACCAAGGUUCUGCUCCUGCUCAAUCAUAUGGCCCAAAUGCAACUCCUCAACAACCUUACCCAUAUCAAUCCAGUGGGCAGAUGCAGCAAUCAUAUCCUCCAUAUGGUUCUGUACCUGCUGCUGAUGCUUAUAAUCAGCCACCACCUGCAUCUGGUCCUGUUUAUCCACAGCAAGGAGGGCAGCCAGGUUAUGGUCAGCCUGGUGCACAGCAGGCACAAGGGUAUGCACAAGUGGGUCCUACUGGGGGUUAUGGCCCAUACGCAGCUUCACAACAAGGUUACCCAGAGCAGGCAGCUCCUAACAAUGCAGCUUACGGUUACCAAGGACCACAAGAUCCUGCUUACAGUGGUGCCCCUGCUUCAGCCUAUAGUGCACCACCAAGCGGUCAGCCAGGUUAUGCUCAACCAGCUCCAACUCAACAAGGUUACGACCAGUCUGUCCCACAAUCAGGAGGUUAUGGAAGUGCACCAGCAACUGCUCCAGUUGCUUAUGGCAAAACUGUGUCACCUCAGCCUGGUUAUGCUCAGUAUGACUCAACUCAAAUGUAUGGUGCGCCUCGUUGAAAAUUUUUAGUCAGUGUUCUGUUGAGUUCAGCGUUUAUUGUAUUAGGUAUUUUACUAAGUAUUUGCUCAGUGUAAUGUUGAGUUUAAGGCGGUUAUUGUAUUAGGUAUUUUACCUAGUAUUAUAGCUUGGUCAUUUAGGUCUGACUGUCUAUGCAACUUCUGUCAUUGCUUUUUCUGUUGUAGUGCUAAUAUUUGUGAUUGAAUAUUAUGAACAUUUUAACAAAAGAAUUAUGAAGAUGACGUCUGGUAAUGGCUUUUGCCAUGGGAUCCAAGACGUUGAAUCUUGUUGGAUCUUGAA